AUGGAGCCAGGAGGCGGUGGGCCAGGUCCUCUGAUCGUGAACAACAAGCAGCCCCAGCCACCGCCGCCACCGCCCCCGGCAUCCCCGCAACCCCAGGCCGUGGCCCCGCGGACCGGCGGCGGCUGUGGGGGAGGCGGGGGCGUCCUUCCUGGGGGCAAAGGGCGAGAGUUCAACCGCAACCAGCGCAAGGACUCGGAGGGCUAUUCUGAGUCCCCAGACCUAGAAUUUGAAUAUGCCGAUACAGAUAAAUGGGCUGCAGAGCUCUCAGAACUCUAUAGUUACACUGAAGGACCUGAGUUCUUGAUGAACCGAAAAUGCUUUGAGGAAGACUUCAGGAUCCAUGUGGCAGAUAAGAAGUGGACUGAACUUGACAUUAAUCAGCACCGAACCCAUGCCAUGAGGCUUCUGGAUGGCUUAGAAGUCACUGCCCGGGAGAAGAGGCUCAAAGUGGCCCGAGCAAUCCUUUAUGUUGCUCAAGGUACCUUUGGCGAAUGCACCACUGAAUCUGAAGUUCAGUCAUGGUCGAGGUACAAUGUCUUCCUGCUCCUGGAGGUGGGCACGUUCAAUGCUUUGGUGGAGCUCCUGAACAUGGAGAUCGACAACAGUGCAGCUUGCAGCAAUGCUGUGAGGAAGCCUGCCAUCUCCCUGGCUGACAGCACUGACCUGAGGGUAUUACUCAAUAUCAUGUACCUGAUCGUAGAGACUGUUCACCAAGAAUGUGAGGGUGAUAAAGCUGACUGGAAGACUAUGAGACAGACAUUCCGAGCAGAGCUAGGCUCUCCCCUAUACAACAAUGAGCCUUUCUCCAUCAUGCUGUUUGGGAUGGUGACCAAGUUUUGCAGUGGACACGCACCUCAUUUCCCCAUGAAGAAGGUUCUUUUGCUUCUCUGGAAGACAGUAUUGUGCACACUUGGAGGUUUCGAGGAACUCCAAAGCAUGAAGGCAGAAAAGCGUGAGAUCUUAGGUCUUCCCCCUCUGCCUGAAGACAGCAUCAAAGUGAUUCGGAACAUGAGAGCAGCCUCCCCUCCAGCUUCUGCCUCUGACCUCAUUGAACAGCAGCAGAAACGUGGUCGUCGAGAGCACAAGGCUCUCAUCAAACAAGAUAACCUUGAUGCCUUCAAUGAGCGGGAUCCGUAUAAAGCUGAUGACUCCCGAGAAGAAGAAGAGGAAAAUGAUGAUGAUAACAGCUUAGAGGGAGAGACAUUUCCCCUUGAGCGGGAUGAAGUGAUGCCUCCCCCAGUGCAGCACCCUCAAACAGACCGACUUACCUGCCCAAAAGGGCUGCCUUGGGCCCCCAAAGUUAGAGAAAAGGACAUUGAGAUGUUCCUAGAAUCCAGCCGAAGUAAAUUCAUUGGCUACACACUUGGCAGUGACACAAACACAGUGGUGGGUCUGCCAAGGCCAAUUCAUGAGAGCAUCAGGACUCUGAAGCUGCACAAAUAUACAUCAAUCGCAGAAGUCCAAGCCCAGAUGGAGGAAGAGUACCUGCGCUCUCCUCUUUCGGGGGGAGAGGAGGAAGUGGAACAAGUCCCUGCUGAAACCCUUUACCAGGGACUUCUCCCUAGUCUGCCUCAGUACAUGAUUGCCCUGCUGAAAAUCCUGCUGGCAGCUGCUCCUACUUCCAAAGCCAAAACAGAUUCCAUUAACAUCCUGGCUGAUGUCCUACCUGAGGAGAUGCCAACCACCGUGUUACAGAGCAUGAAGCUGGGGGUGGACGUAAACCGCCACAAAGAGAUCAUCGUGAAGGCCAUUUCUGCUGUCCUGCUGCUGCUGCUCAAACACUUCAAGCUAAACCAUGUCUAUCAGUUUGAGUACAUGGCCCAGCAUCUCGUGUUUGCCAACUGUAUCCCUUUGAUUCUGAAGUUCUUCAAUCAAACCAUCAUGUCAUACAUCACUGCCAAAAACAGUAUUUCUGUUCUGGAUUAUCCUUACUGUGUGGUUCAUGAGCUACCAGAGCUGACAGCAGAGAGUUUGGAAGCUGGGGAUAAUAACCAGUUUUGCUGGCGAAACCUCUUCUCUUGUAUUAAUUUGCUUCGGAUCUUGAACAAGCUAACGAAAUGGAAGCAUUCCAGGACCAUGAUGCUGGUGGUCUUCAAGUCAGCACCGAUCCUGAAACGGGCCUUGAAAGUGAAACAAGCCAUGAUGCAACUUUAUGUGCUAAAGUUACUCAAGGUCCAGACCAAGUAUCUGGGACGUCAGUGGCGGAAGAGCAACAUGAAGACUAUGUCAGCCAUCUACCAAAAAGUUCGACACCGGCUCAACGAUGACUGGGCCUACGGAAAUGAUCUGGACGCCCGACCCUGGGACUUCCAGGCGGAAGAGUGUGCGCUGCGUGCCAACAUCGAACGUUUCAACUCUCGGAGGUACGACCGGACCCAUAACAACCCCGACUUCCUGCCUGUGGACAACUGCCUGCAGAGUGUCCUGGGCCAGCGGGUGGACCUCCCCGAGGACUUUCAGAUGAACUAUGAUCUCUGGCUGGAAAGGGAGGUCUUCUCCAAGCCCAUCUCCUGGGAAGAGCUGCUGCAGUGAGGCUUUGCUGAAGCCCCUGGCACCGGCUGGAGCCCGAUGAGACGCCACACGCCGGCCUGGGCCUCAGUGGCCUUGCCCGGCUUGUGGCCACAUCGGCUGCAGCGCCGCUCCUCCUCCUCCAGGUGGCGGUGUGGCUUUGGGCACCCUCUAGACAUUCAUUACUGCAGAGCCCCGAGGGCCCUGCGCUUGGUGGGGGAAGUUUCUGGGCUUGACUUCUUUCUUGAUGGUGGUUUCCCAGGCCCUGCCCAGGACAGAUGUCCUUCUGCAGAGCCAGGGCGGCCUUCCUUUCCCACAUAGCCCUUGGCUGGCCAUGACUUGGGCCAAGCUGUGCUGAGAGCAGAGCCCUGCGAGCCCUCCAGGCAUCCUCCAGAUUCCAGGUGUGAUCCGCCAGCUCCACCCAAACACCCAGCAUGGUGGCCCGACUCAGUGCGGGCUGAGGGGAGCCGGGACGGCGCUGUCCGCCAGGGCGCUGAGCUGGUUCCCUUUCAGAUUCCCCUCCAGCGACUUCUUCCCUUCCUUCUAACAGCUAUUGCAGAGGCCCAGGCCGGCACUGCCUUAGCACGUCUGCCUGGGACAGGGUCGGGGGAGGCAGGCGCUGCCCUCAGACAGGGCCACGGGCUCCCCUCUGUUUGCCUUGUCCUGUACAUAUAUAUGUCUAUAUAUAUAUAUAUAUAAAAUAUAUGUGUGUUGUGUAAC